AUGGUUGGUACGUUGUCAAGGUGGGCGGUCACGUGUGCUAGCAAGGCAGACGUCCUGGGCCGAAUCAAGAGGACGCGGUACUCCCUAAGCAAGCAGAGUGACGUCUGUAAUACUCACUCACUAGAUCCCCCCCCCCCCCCCACACACACACACACACACACAACUUCUUCCCGUCGGCUUUAUGAAAAUCCUAAUAUCCUGAUCCGGUCUACAAAUCAAACACUUUCAAGCAUCUCUCUCAUUUUCCUUCUGAUUGGGCAUGCCUAUUGAAAGCUGUGUUUUUCCUUGGCGUGAUUGAAGUGUGUGUGUGUGUGUGUGUGUGUUAAGGUUACUCUCCCAGAGACUUUCAGCUUGUUCUUGUUUAGUCUUUCCUUAACUCUCGUUAACGCCCAUCUCACAACAAUGUUCACAAAUACCUUCACACAGCACUUUCCCUAAACAGUAUAUACUACACAUUGUAAUAAUUUGGUUGUAAACUGUUUUUACAAGGUCAACACUCUGUUACAAGGUAAAGAGGUUUUUGUGUGUGUGUGUGUCUGUGUGUGUGUGUCUGUGUGUGCCUGUGUGUGUGUGUGUGAGAGUAUGUAUGUCUUCGUCUGUGUGUGUGUGAUUGCAGUCCAUGAUGUGAUACUGAGACCCGUUGUGUGAGAAACAAGCCUGAUUGCAUGAUUCAUUUGUUCUGCUUCUGCAGAGCCAAGCCGAGGCACACUACAAAGGCAGUAAACAUGCCAAGAAGCUCAAAGCACAGGAGAACACCAAGAAUAAGCCGCCCAAGAGUUCCCCUCCUGCUACUACUCUUCCUCCUUCCCUGGACAGUGCAAUGAAAAUCACCAGCACCACCUCACCCAACUCUGUCAUGGCCAGCAACUCUGACCAAUCAGGUAUAUGGAAACUUUUGCUCUUGAAUGUCAUUCAUUCCUCUCCAUGCUUUAGUCUUGUAUGUCAUCCAUUCCUCUCCAUGCUUUAGUCUUGUAUGUCAUCCAUUCCUCUCCAUGCUUUAGUCUUGUAUGUCAUCCAUUCCUCUCCAUGCUUUAGUCUUGUAUGUCAUCCAUUCCUCUCCAUGCUUUAGUCUUGUAUGUCAUCCAUUCCUCUCCAUGCUUUAGUCUUGUAUGUCAUCCAUUCCUCUCCAUGCUUUAGUCUUGUAUGUCAUUCUUUGUGUCAUCGCAUACUUUGUGUGUUGUUAUUCCCAUAGCUCGUUGUCACCAGUGUGUGUGUGUGUGUGGGUGUGUGUGUGUGUGGUUGUGUGUGUGGUUGUGUGUGUGUGUGUGUGUGUGUGUGUGUGUGUGUGUGUGUGUGUGUGUGUGUGUGUGUGUGUGUGUGUGUGUGUGUGCGUGUGUGCGCAUGCGCGCACUUGUGCGUGUGUGUACUGUAUGUCUUUGGAAUAAGUGUUUUUCUCAUUAAAUUGCCAAGUCUGAGGAAUGCCUUAACCAAUUGAAUAACUCAUUAACAGGCAUUAGUGUGACAAGUGCCAUGCUCAUUACUGAGUGUGUGGAUGGGACAUUCCAUUGUUCAAAACUGGUUGAAAUUAUUUAUUUUCAACCAUUUGCUCACUGGGAUAGAGUUCAGUUAGACCACAUCCAUGUAUGUUUUUUCAUUCCACGGUGCUCUGUGGGAGUAGCUUAUAGGGGAAAGACGAUAAUAUCUAAUGACUAAUGUAUAGGUGAAUAUAGUCAGAAUAUACCAGAUGUAUGGUAAGCAUGUUACCAACCAAGGCAGAAAAGAAAGCUUCAUUCCAAAGCAAAGUGUUGUAAAAUGUACAUUUGCAGUCAUUUCUAUUGGAUCUUGAUUUUUUAAAAGUCACACUGUCUGGCCUCACAUCUGAGGAGAGCCCAGCAGAAGAUUAGAGGGCUUCAGAAACUGCAUCCCAAAUGGCACCCUAUUCCCUAUAUAGUGCACUACUGUUCACCAGGGCCCAUAGGACCCUGGUCAAAAGUAGUGCUCUGUAUAGGUGAUAGGGUGCUAUUUGGGACACAGACAGAAACUCACUGCUCAGCCCUCUGAUGUAGAGUUACAUCUUCAGAGAUUAGGUUGAAGUUCUGUAACGUAAUAGCACUGACUUUGCUGAUAACUUCUUUAUUGUGGAAUAAUGUACUUACUACGACUGUGAUAUGUGGUUGUCCCACUGUGAUGAGGUGGUGUUGAAGGAGUCAGGCGCAGGAGGAUAAAUCACAGAAUAACAGGCUUUAAUCCGCAAAAUACAGGAUUACGCAGAACUGCGUCAAACACACUCCAGGGCACAAAACAGGUGCACUGGAAAAUACAAGGCACACGCCACAGCUAGCUUGAAAUGUCACGGAUGGAGCUAGCUAAUUAGAUGUUUUUCAAUAGCUCAAAUGGUUGGUACGUUGUCAAGGUGGGCGGUCACGUGUGCUAGCAAGGCAGACGUCCUGGGCCGAAUCAAGAGGACGCGGUACUCCCUAAGCAAGCAGAGUGACGUCUGUAAUACUCACUCACUAGAAGUGUGUGUGUGUGUGACUAAAAUGUAAAAAAAUGGGAUUAGAACCGGGUGUGUGUGAUAACGAGACAAGACAAUUGUGAUGAUGAUUGGGGCGGCAGUGGUUAGUACUCCGGUGACGACGAAUGCCGAAGCCUGCCCGAACAAGGAGGGGAGGCAGCCUCGGCCGAAGUCGUGACAGUAGGACCGCAGGAACCUACCCACAUCCUGAUUUACUCGUUCCACCUGCCCAUUUGACUCGGGGUGGAACUCAGAGGUCAGGCUGACAGAGACCCCCAGACAUUCCAUGAACGCCUUCCAAACCUUGGACGUGAACUGGGGACCUCGGUCGGACACGAUAUCCUCUGGCACCCCGUAGUGCCGGAAGACGUGAGUAAACAGGGCCUCCGCAGUCUGCAGGGCCGUGGGGAGACCGGGCAGAGGAAGGAGGCGGCAGGACUUGGAGAAGCGGUCCACAACGACCAGGAUGGUGGUGUUACCUUGGGAGAGGGGAAAAUCAAUACUAAGAUGAGACCAUGGUCGUUGUGGAACUGAUAAUGGUUGUAGCUUACCCGUUGGGAGGUGCCUAGGUGCCUUACUCUGGGCGCACACCGAGCAGGAGGAGACGUACACCCUCACGUCCUUAGCCAAGGUAGGCCACCAGUACUUUCCGCUCAAGCAGUGCACUGUAUGGCCGAUACCUGGGUGACCAGAGGAGGGUGACGUGUGUGCCCAGAAGAUCAGACGAUCACGGAUAAGAGCAGGCACGUACCACAGCCCAGCUGGACACUGCAGUGGAGAUGGAUCUGUGCGUAAUGCCUGCUCUAUAUCCGCGUCCAUCGCCCAUACUACCGGCGCCACAAUGCAGGAGGCCGGGAGUAUGGGGGUGUUGUCUCUGGGCCUCCCCUCUGUGUCAGACAGCCGGGACAGUGCGUCUGCCUUCACGUUCUUCGUACCCGGAAUGUAUGACAGUGUAAAAUCAAACCGAGUGAAGAAUAGGGCCCACCUGGCCUGGCGAGGAUUCAGCCUCCUCGCUGCCCGGAUGUACUCCAGGUUACGGUGGUCCGUCCAGACGAGGAAAGGGUGUUUUCGCCCCUUCGAGCCAAUGCACAGGGGCGGAGCUUGGGUGGCGUACCCGAGCUUUGAGACAGGACAGCUCCUAUCCCAACCUCGGACGCAUCCACCUCCACUACGAACGGUAGUGAUGAAUCGGGGUGGGCCAGUACUGGGGCUGAGGUGAACAGACCCCGCAGUUUGCUGAAGGCCAGGUCAGCCUCAGCAGACCAGCGGAGCCGGGACGGCCCACCCUUCAACAGGGAGGUAAUGAAGGCUGCGACCUUGCCAAAGCCCCGGAUAAACCUCCGAUAGUAGUUGGCAAAGCCAAGGAAGCGCUGCACCUCCUUAACCGUGGUUGGAGUCGGCCAAUUACGCAUGGCUGAAAUGCGAUCUCCCUCCAUCUCCACACCUGUGGAAAUGCGGUAUCCAAGGAAGGAGACGGACUGCUGGAAAAACAUACACUUCUCUGCCUUAGUGUAAAGGUCAUUUUCCAACAGUCGGGCCAGCACCUUGCGAACCAGGGACACAUGCUUGGCACGCGUAGCGGAAUACACCAGGAUGUCAUCGAUGUAGACCACUACACCGCGACCAAGCAUGUCCCGAAACACCUCGUUCACAAAGGACUGGAAAACUGAGGGAGCAUUCAACAAAUCAUAGGGCAUCACCAGGUAUUCAUAAUGCCCCGUGGUUGUGCUGAAUGCUGUCUUCCACUCAUCUCCCUCUUGGAUACGCACCAGGUUGUACGCACUCCUGAGAUCUAAUUUGGUGAAGAAGCGCGCCCCAUGCAUUGAUUCAAUCACCGAAGGAAUGAGGGGGAGAGGAUAACUAAAUCUUGGUCGAUAAUCAAUGCACGGGUGCAGACCUUCCGUCCUUCUUCUUCACAAAGAAGAAACUUGAGGAGGUGGGUGAAGUAGAGGGACGUACAUACCCCUGGCGCAGGGACUCGGUGACAUAGGUUUCCAUAGCCACCAUUUCAGCCUGUGACAGGGGGUAUAUAUGACUCCUGGGAGGUACAGCGUCUACCCAGAGGUUUAUUGCGCAAUCCCCCACCCGAUGAGGUGGUAAUUUAGUCGCCUGCGUUUUAGAGAACGCUUGCGCCAGAUCGAGGUAUUCAGGGGGAAUGGGCACGGUGGAGGUACUGUCUGGACUUUCCACCGUGGUUGCACCAACGGAAACAUCCAGACACCUACCCUGACACACUCGCGACCACCCUGUGAGAGCCCUCUGCGGCCAUGAGAAGGUGGUGUUGUGGAGUGCUAGCCAAGGGAUACCUAAUAUCACAGGGAAAGCAGGAGAUUCAAUAAUCGAAAAAAAUUACCUGCUCAAAAUGAGACUCCUGGGUGAUCAUGGUGACUGGUAUCGUGACUUCCAUAACAAACCCGGACCUUAUUGGUCGACCAUCGAGUGCUCUGAUGGGGAGUGGAAUGGAUAGGGGAACCAAUGUUAUGCCUUGACGGUUUGCGAAUGCCCUGUCCAUAAAGUUCCCAGCUGCGCCUGAAUCGACUAGCGCCUUACACUGGGGAACUACCAUGAGAUCGGGAAAGUGGAUAGGUAGGGUACAGUGCGCAGCAGAGGGCUCUGAACAAGUGUGGGUGUUCGAUACCUGGGGUGAUGCGUGUGCCCUGCCUGCCGCCUCCCAGCCCAAAAGAACGUUGACUACGACAUAUGGUGUAUUGUCCCUUCGUUCCACCAGAGUGGCACUGUCGCUGUCCUCCGCUCUCUCGGCCGGCGGCUCCACCCAGCUUCAUCGGCUCGGGAUCCGAGUCGUCCGGGGUGGAAACGGGCAGACCCCUACCAGGACGUCCUCUGGCUGCCAGCAGGUUGUCCAAACGAAUGGCCAUGUCCACCAGUUUGUUGAAGGACAACAUGGUGUCUCGGCAGGCUAGCUCCCGUCGGACGUCCUCCCGCAGAUGGCACCGGAAAUGGUCGAUCAGGGCCCGCUCGUUCCACCCAGACCCCGCUGCCAACGCGAAGUCCUGCGCGGUCCUCGUCUCCUGCCUCAGAUGGACCAGUCGCUCACCCGCCUCUCUACCCUCGGGCGGGUGAUCGAAGACCGCCCGAAAGAGGCGAGCGAACUCCCUGUAGUCCUCCAACGCGGCUCCUCCCUCGUUCCACACCGCGUUGGCCCACUCCAGGGCUUUCCCACAGAGGCAGGAAACGAGGACGGACACCUUCUCCCACUCCGAUAGUUCUGACCUGAUGCUGGCGAAGUAAAGCUCCAAUUGGAGGAGGAAUCCCUGGCACAGCGCUGUCGUCCCAUCAAACGCCCUUGGUCGGGAUAUCUGGAUCCCUCCGGGUGCUGGGGUGUAGGCGGCUGGAUCCGGUUGGCCAGAUGGUCUCGAAGAACACGAUCCUGGAAAAUACAAGGCACACAGGAAAAUACUCCCGUCUAACAAAAUACACGAGCUCCACCGAGCUUCACUAACCUUCACAAUAAACAAUCACCCACAAGGACAAGGGGGCAGAGGGAACACGUAUACAUGGACUAAUUAGGGGAUAAGAACCAGGUAUGUGUGAUAACGAGACAAGACAAUUGUGAUGAUGAUUGGGGCGGCAAUGGUUAGUACUCCGGUGACGACGAACGCCGAAGCCUGCCCGAACAAGGAGGGGAGGCAGCCUCGGCCGAAGUCGUGACAACCACCGAGCUAUCUUAAGAUGAAUGCAGUAACUGUAAGUGACUCUGGAUAAGAGCGUAUGCUAGAUGAUUAAAAUGUAAAUGUAAAAUAUAACGAGCCAGAGCCAGCGAUGCUGCUCGUUAGUAUUCUUUGUCUGCAUACCAAAAUGGCACCCUAUUCCCUAUGUAGUGCACUACUUUUCACCUGAGCCAUAUGGGCCUUGGUCAAAAGCAGUGCAGUACAUAGGGAAUAGGGUGCCAUUUGGGAUGCAGCCCCACUCUCUGUCGGGGGGAUGCUGUUGUUGCUAAUCACUGGGUUUUUGGCAAACAGAGAGGCUGAAGUCAGAUUCAGUUUAACCAGAGAAAGUUGAAUAACUAAAUUAGGGGUCGGCAACAAGAGGCCCAUGGGCCAAAACCGGCCCGCAAGUGCUUUUUUUUAAGAGACAAAAAACACCAGGAAUUCAGCAAAAAAUAUUCUAUAUUUUUGUCGCUGGCCUACACACGAUAUCCCAUAAUUUUUACAAAUGAAUAACAAAUGAAAAGCUGAAAUGUCUUGAGUCAAUAAGUAUUCAAUCCUUUUGUUAUGGCAAGCCUAAAUACGUUUAGGAGUAAAAAUGUGCUUAACAAGCCACAUAAUAAGUUGCAUGGACUCACUCUGUGUGCAAUAAUAGUGUUUUACAUGAUUUUUGAAAGACUACCUCAUCUCUGUACACCACACAUACAAUUAUCUGUAAGGUCCCUCACUCGAGCAGUGAAUUUCAAACACAGAUUUAACCACAAAGACCAGGGAGGUGUUCCAAUGCCUUGCAAAGAAUGACACCUAUUGGUAGAUGGGUAAACUUCCCUUUGAGUAUGGUGAAGUUAUUAAUUACACUUUGGAUAGUGUUUCAAUACACCCAGUCACUACAAUGAUACAGGCGUCCUUCCUAACUCAGUUGCCGGAGAGGAAGGAAACCUCUCAGGAAUUUCACCAUGAGGUCAAUGGUGACUUCAAAACAGUUACAGAGUUUUAUGGCUGUGAUAGGAGAAAACUGAGGAUGGAUCAACAACAUUGUAGUUACUCCACAAUACUAACCUAAUUGACAGAGUGAAAAGAAGGAAGCCUGUACAGAAUAAAAAUAUUCCAAAACAUGCAUCCUGUUUGCAACAAGGCACUAAAGUAAUAUGGCAAUAAAUGUGGCAAAGCAAUUAACUUUUUGUCCUGAAUACAAAGUGUUAUGUUUGGGGCAAAUCCAAUACAACACUUUACUGAGUACCAGUCUCCAUAUUUUCAAGCAUAGUGGUGGCUGCAUCAUGUUAUGGGUAUGCUUGUAAUCGUUAAGGACUUGAAAGUAGGCACAGGACUGCGGCGUUUAUCAGGAUAAAAAAUUAAUAGAAUGGAGCUAAGCACAGGCAAAAUCCUAGAGGAAAACCUGGUUCAGUCUGCUUUCUACCAGACACUGGGACAUGAAUUCACCUUUCAGUAGGACAAUAACCUAAAACAAAAGGCUAAAUCUACACUGGAGUUGCUAACCAAGAAGACAGUGAAUGUUCCUGAGUGGCCGAGUUACAGUUUUGACUUAAAUGUGUUUGGAAAUCUAUGGCAAGACUUGAAAAUGGUUGUCUAGCAAUGAUCAACAACCAAUUUGACAGAGCUUGAAGAAUUAUGAAAAUAAUAAUGGCUAAAUGUUACACAAUCCAGGAGUGGAAAGCUCUUAGAGACUUACCCAGAAAGACUCACAGCUGUAAUCACUGCCAAAGGUGCUUCUACAAAGUAUUGACUCAGGGCUGUGAAUACUUAUGUAAAUGAGAUAUUUCUGUAUUUCAUUUUCAAAACAUUUGCAUAAAUUACUAAAAACAUGUUUUCACUUUGUCAUAAUGGGGUAUUGUGUGUAGAUGGGUAAAUAAAUAUAUAUUUAAUGCAUUUGGAAUUCAAGCUGUAACACAACAAAAUGUGGAAUAAGUCAAGGGGUAUGAAUAAUUUCUGAAGGCACUGUAAUUAAGGUAUGAAAUGAUUUUUAUUUUCAAAUACAAUAUAUUUUGGGCAUAGUACAAAUUAUUAUAAUUAUUGUUGCUGUCUGAUGAAAACCUUGUUUUUAUGUUUUAUUACAUUUCUUGCAAGCAGUAACGCCUUUCAAUGUACUCUGAACAAUUCAUGACUUUAGGACCAAGAAAAUGUAUUCAAAAUGGUUUUCGAAAUUUCAUAAUUAUAUGUUUGUUAAUGGAAAAAGAUGGCCUUUUUUUUUCAUUUCCUGAAAGGUGUCAGUUUGGAGAGAAGAUGUUUUCAUCAGACAGCGGCAUUAUAUUCCGGCCCCCGACCAUGCGCUCUGACAAAUAUCGGCCCGCGGCUGAAUCUAGUUGCCUACCCCUGAACUAAAUCAUUAAAAUUGCUAGCUUUAAUGGUUUACGUAAGAGGCUCUCUUUUAUGUAAUGUCUUGAAACUGAAUGAACACAGCAUGCUGUAUUAUUGGUGUAAUUGGGAGCUCUGUAAAUCGUCUCUGACCCUUUUUAUCUUCAGAGUAAUUCUGUAUUAAAGGUUUGACUCUGACUGGGUGAAAUGGUGAAAUCCUGGGAAAGGUAAAACAGGGUUGUUCCUUUAAUAUUUUUGAGUCUAGAUUCAGUUCAAAGUUUUACUGAUUCAAACAAGCACCAAUAUUUGUCAAUAUUUCUUUGAUGUGUUUCCUUCCAUCUCUUAUCUGUGAAUAAAUAUGUUACUUUGGGAUGCUAAUAUAACUAACCCGUUGCUAGCUCCUGCGCUGUAGACCCAGUUGGUGCAGAUACACAUUGCAACCCACAUUUAUUUAAUAACCUUAUCUUAGGAAAUGUGGUGUUAAGUUUUUAGUCAAAAUCAGACUUAAUUAAGCAAGGCUUAAUUAAGUUUCAAAUGAUAGUUUAGACCAAAAAUAGACCAGUGUAGGAGCGUGUAGCUUGUAGAUAUCAUAGAGUCAGCCAUUGUAAAGAGAACACUAUUCUCAGAAGAGGAAUGCAGAAUGACAAUCAUAGAAAAGCUACAGUGCAGGGUUUGGAGGGUGGGUGUGGCAUGUGGGAAGGGGUGGAAGGGUGGCAUGGUGGAGGGGGUGGAGGGUGGAGUGAUCGUGUGGGGGUGUGGGUGUUAGUUCAGGCGGCCUUGCCUAAUGGCCCUGUCCUCCAUGGUGUUGUGGUACAAUAUAGUAGCGUGGGUGGAGGGAAAGGGCAUCUCAGUGUCACAGUAGAGGGGGGGAGGGGACAAGGCUCUGUAACAUGGACACAGGGACACAUGGACACACACACGUACGCAUACACACACACACGCAGAUAGGGAUACAGAAAACACUGCCCAAUAGCUCAGUCCUGCUUCUACUGCUAUUCAGCUGCUGCUGUGUGAAAAGGAACUCUCCCUCCUCCAGGGAUACAACUCUUACACAACACACCAAAAUAAAAAGAUGAAGAAAUGUGUCAACAAAAGUUGUAAUAUUCUUAGCGCUCCCGGGCUAACUGUCAGAUGUUGUGUGUCUCUCUCUCCCUCCCUCUCUACCUCCCUCCCUCCCUCUUUCUUGAUCUCAGAGCAAAUCACUGUGCCUCCCAGUGAGGCGGAUAAAACCUUUGCUUCUCCAAAUGCUUUCGUCCCCAUCAUCUCCACCUCCUGCUCCCUGGCAGCAUCAAUGGCCAUGUCCAUCCACAGCCCCUGUAAUCGCGUCCUGUGUGAUCCCACGCCUGCCAGCCCUCCAUCAGCUACGGCAAUACAACUACAGGGGUAUGUUAUGAAGACUAGCAGCACCAAGCCUGGACUCGUGUCCCCCACCACUGCUGCUGCUACAGCAACUCAGCCCACGCCUGAGUCGGAGGAGGAAAAAGCUAUAAAGCUCCUGUAUUGUUCGCUGUGCAAAGUGGCCGUCAACUCUCUGUCGCAGCUGGAGGCCCACAACAUAGGUGUGUUCCAGCAUCUGUUUCUGUUUCAUCACUGCCGUGUUAACGUUAGUGUUACUCCCUCUGAGGAGGGUGUGUGUGGUUCUGUGUGUGUGUGUGUGUGUGUGUGUGUUAAGGUUACUCUCCCAGAGACUUUCAGCUUGUUCUUGUUUAGUCUUUCCUUAACUCUCGUUAACACCCAUCUCACAACAAUGUUCACAAAUACCUUCACACAGCACUUUCCCUAAACAGUAUAUACUUAAUAAUUUGGUUGUAAACUGUUUUUACAAGGUCAACACUCUGUUACAAGGUAAAGAGGUUUUUGUCAUGAGGAUAUCAAGAUGUCAUGGGAAAGAUAUCAUAUUUUGGUUGUUAUAUGGACAUAUUUUUUCUGGUUGUUAAAAAGACAACAAAACGUUCCAAAAACAUAUUUAUACAACCAGUAUACAACUUGACCACAACGUCACAAAAGACGCCAUAUUGACAUUACUGUAAAAAAAAAUGCCCGCUAGCCAUCAUAAAAGCAGAAGGGCACAAUAUGUCAGAUGUUUGUUAUGUAAGCUAACAUUGACAUGUACGCUGUUAUGUAGUUAUAGCGAGGUCAGACGUCAUACCCAAGUCAGAAAAAAAAACUGUUGGAACUCAAGCUGACCAAUAUGAAAAUCUGGUUUACUUUUAAUCCUAACAAAUCAAAUGUUGUUCUUUUUAUGUUUUAUCUAUGGUUAUUUUCAGUGUGCAAUGUACUAAAUUAUGUUUUUGCCAUUUAUUUUGUCCCCUGAAGGUUCCAAGCACAAAACUAUGCUUGAGGCGAGGAACGGAGCAGGUCCAAUUAAGGCCUAUCCCAGACCGGGCUCGAAGCUCAAAGUCCAGGCCACCACCGUGCUAAAAGGUUCCGGACUACAGAACAAGACGUUCCAUUGUGAGAUCUGUGAUGUCCACGUCAACUCAGAAAUACAGCUCAAACAGGUAGUCUCUCGUGACAGGCCUUUGUAUGCCGUGGUUGUUGUCUUUUUACAGCUUGAAGGGACCUUACAAGCUUGUUAUUAUUUGCUCAACAUAAUGUGUCCCAAAUGGCACCCUUUACCCUUCAUAGUAUACUGCUUUUGACCAGGGCCCAUGGGACUCUGGUCAAAAGCAGUGCACAAUAUAGUGAAUAGGGUGCCAUUUGGGAUUCACCCACAGUAACAUCACUGAUUUUUGUUGUUGUAUUUUCUCAGCACAUCUCCAGCAGAAGGCACAAGGACAGAGUGGCUGGGAAACCGAUGAAGCCCAAAUACAGCCCUUACAACAAACAACAACGCAGCUCUACAGUCCUGGCCGUAUGUAUCAUCUAUGUUCCAAAUCAAAGCCUCUCAGGAACAGUUGCUUAGACAUCAGGGAUUAAUAGUUAAUAUAUUUAUUGGCAGUUUCUUAAAACUGUUUAGGAAUAUUUAUGCAUCAGUGGAUUUAAAGACGCCUGUAUGCUCAUGGAAAAUAAUUGCUUCUUUUUUUGUAGCUAAUCAAUAAGAAUAAUUGCUUUAUCAAUAGAUUGCUCCCUAAAUAAACCAUUGUCCUCUCCUCUCCUCCAGGCAAAGCUGGCUCUUCAGAAGGACCUGGUGAAGCCUAUCUCCCCUGCUACGUUCCUCUCCAACCCCUUCUGCCCCACCACCCUCCCCUCCAUCUUCCGAGGGAAACUGACAUGA